AUGAUUACUAUAACUUCACGAGAGUUACUUAACAAUUGUCCUAGCCUGGUACUAGAUAAACUAAAGCAAUAUGAAUCUGACACACGAGAAACUCAGGUUGACAAUCACGAUGUACUGUCGUCACCAUCAGUGCCUUCAUUAUCGUUAAAUCAGUUAAUACAUUCUACGCUAACUACUGCAGUACAAUCCCCUCAACAACAACAACCAGUACCCCCACAAGGAAGCAUUAGUAUCAAUAUCAGCGAUGUGAUACUAGAUGUUGAAAACCUACCGCAAAUGUUUCAAGACGAACAAACAACAACUAGCUAUGAUUCGAAUAAGGAGAUGGAUUUGGUUGGGGACGACGAGGUAGACCCUAAAGUGGAGGAGUACCUAAGAUUCAAGAGAGAUCAUCAAUUAAAAUUUCUCAAGGAGGUGAAGAUGAAGGGAUUGGUGUUGAAGGGAAGUAGUGGUAAGGGUGGAGGAGGAGUUGAUCAAACGCAAACCAACAAGUUUAUGAAUUAUUGA